UAUGUAAUAAGUGUAUGCGCAGUCAAAUGUAUUAUCAAGUGUCGAACCUCGAGGUCUUAUCAAUGUGCCUACCUAUAUGGCAUUAUACAAACAAACUAUUUGCUUAUCACUGUCUCUGCUAUUGGUAUACGGAGUCGAUAGAUAACCGCGCACAUGGACGCACUAAACAGUUACUUUAUUUAUUGUUCUGAUAUUGUGUAAUUGUGUCAAAUUCAAUUAAAAUGUGUAUGAAAUAAUUUUAAAAAAUCUAUUUCUGUGUUAAAUCUGAAAAUUUUCUACAAAUUCUAAUUCAAAAUGGAUGAUGAUCAAUCAUUUGUUAAUAGUUACCCCAGUGUGCAACCUGCUCCUGAUGAAGGAGUAAUAUCGGUGGAUGUCUCCAGAGACGCAUUAGUAGACUCUAUGACCGACAUGUCUGAGACUCCCUUACCACCUGAUAUUAUUGCAUCUGUGGGCACAACCACAGACAAUGAUGAGGAGAAUGGAAAACUAACCCUAGCUUAUGAGAGGCUCUAUGAAAUACCAAAAACUAUUGUGGAAAGGUUUUCUGACCACAUCAAGUACCUGGACAUUAGCCAUAAUAAGAUUACGAACCUAGAUGCUCUGGUGUACUUCAAGAGCCUCACCUCACUGAUAGCUGAUGAUAACCCCAUCACAGAGAACUGCUACCUGCCUCCACUGCCCAAACUAGAACUAUUGUGGCUGAAUCGUUGUAAGGUAGCGUCGCUCUACCCGUGGGUGGGUAAGCUGAAGGAGUCGUGUCCUAAUCUACAGUACCUUUCUCUGAUGGGUAACCCCGCAGCACCCAGCUAUUUCAAUGGAGGCACUUUUUACGAGUACUUGCAAUACAGGCUCUUCGUAAUAUCCCAGUUCCCGUCUCUCAACCACUUGGACGACCGUAGAGUGACAGAAGACCAGAGACUGGAGGCUCAAAGGCUCUACAAAAGACCGUUCUUCGAAAGGAUGGUGAAGCCAGCCGGUCUCUCCCAGAUCGUGAACACAUCAGUCACAUGGAACACUUUCCAAAACAAGAUCAACAACUUCCUCGGUAAGGAUAAACAGGGUAACCGGAAUUUGUUGAUAUAGUAAAAUAGACCUUAUUUGUAUCCGUUAUAGAGUUGAAAUUGAAACUGUAGUUGGAAUUGUUUAGUUCAGACAGUGUAGUGUAAUUUAGUUGUAUGUAGAGGUUGUGGUAUUAUAAAUUUUACUUUUAAUUUGUUGAUAUAACUUUGUAAUGUAUCUGUGGUGACCACAAUGAAGAUGUUUCAGCAAAUGACCAACAGAUGGCGCGCUUAACAGAAAUCUGUUGAAAGCAAAUCCUCCGCUAGCGCCGGUCACUUUUGCCCCCAUGGCGUUUAAUGUGUUAACAAACAUGCAAAGUUUUGGCCCACAGUGGAAAUUAUACUCUCGUAAUUAACACUGAAUAUGACAUUCCAAAUCCUAUGAUUUCAUUCACUAUGAAGUUAUGGUAACUUAACCCGUUGUAUGUCGGAACGCAUCUACGCAAGACACAAUGUGUUUUCUCAUACGAACAUUUUCAAAUACGGACAGACAAGAGGUUAAUUAAAUUAGUCAUUCCACUACUUUUGUAAUCAUUACUAACUUAUGAUUCAUAAGUUAGUAAUGAUUAUGAUAUAGUAUGGAUACUAUAUUCAUAAGUUAUGAAUAUAGUAUCCAUACUAUAUCAUAAUAUGUUCAUAUGUUCAACAAAUUAGAAGUAACAUCUCUAUACUUGCUUCACAUAGAACUAAGUUACUAUAAUCAUAAACACUUCUAAAAUAUAAUUAAAGAGUUUCGCGAUAUUAUACUAUUGAUAUAAUAAUCUAUUAACUGUAGGGUAAGUCUGCUACUCAGACUUAAGUAAAGGUUGUUGAUAAUUAUCCUGCCAAAAUAUGUCUAAAUCUUUGUAGUGCAAUAAUGUUAAUAAUUAAUAUUUUACAGUAAGUCAUAGUUAAGUAAAAAGUUAUUAAACUCGA